UGAGUGUCAGUGGGAGGAGUAACCAAGUUUCACUUCCUUGCUGGUUGGAGGCUCAACCACAGCAGGCUUCUCCCUCAGAGGAGGAGACAGUGAGAAGCAGUUGGAACUCAUCUCUCUCUGCCUUCCCAUAGCACCUGGCAGAGGCUCAGGAGACGUGAGGAGCGCGAAUGGGCAGAGCAGAAUCUCUAGAAGGGAAGAUGAGCGCCCAGGAUCCUUCAGAUCUGUGGAGCAGAUCAGACGGAGAAGCAGAGCUGCUCCAGGACUUGGGGUGGUACCAUGGUAACCUCACACGCCAUGCAGCCGAGGCCCUUCUCCUCUCCAAUGGAUGCGACGGAAGCUACCUUCUGAGGGACAGCAACGAAAGGACCGGGCUGUACUCUCUCUCUGUGAGAGCCAAAGACUCUGUCAAACACUUUCAUGUUGAAUAUACUGGAUAUUCAUUUAAAUUUGGCUUUAAUGAAUUCUCAUGUCUGAAGGAUUUUGUCAAGCAUUUUGCAAAUCAGCCUUUGAUUGGAAGUGAGACAGGCACUCUGAUUGUUCUGAAACAUCCCUAUCCAAGGAAAGUGGAGGAACCAUCCAUUUAUGAAUCUGUCCGGGUUCACACAGCGAUGCAGACGGGAAGAACGGAAAGUGACCUCGUGCCCACUGCACCCUCUCUGGGCACCAAAGAGGGUUACCUCACCAAACAGGGGGGCCUGGUCAAGACCUGGAAAACAAGAUGGUUCACAUUGCACAGGAAUGAGCUGAAAUACUUCAAAGACCAGAUGUCACCAGAACCAAUUCGGAUCCUAGACUUAACAGAAUGUUCAGCUGUACAAUUUGAUUAUUCACAGGAAAGAGUAAACUGUUUUUGCCUAGUGUUUCCAUUCAGGACAUUUUAUCUCUGUGCAAAGACAGGAGUAGAAGCUGACGAGUGGAUCAAAAUAUUACGCUGGAAACUGUCUCAAAUAAGAAAGCAGCUCGACCAAGGGGAAGGCACAAUCCGAUCUCGGUCGUUCAUCUUUAAAUAGGCCUUCCCUGCCCAAGCGCGCAGGGCGGAAUGGUCCCUGAUGUUGUGAUCCACAGCAGGCUUCAGACGAAAGCUGACUAAGGCUUUUUCUUUCAAAACAAACCAAAAGCACAUGCAGAUUUGGACCUUUCGGAACCCACCACAUUUGCUGACUUGUGGGUAACUGCUUGCCCUUCAGGAUGUUGUCACCUCCGUGAGAAUACCAAAGCUGUCAUCGUUCUGAUGGAAGCCGAUGAAACCACCAACCCAGGCGUGCUCACUUUUAGGAAAUGUAGAAGACAAAGGGGUUUUGUGUUCUCUCAUUGCGGUCCCCAAGCCGCAUGGCAUCCCAUUCUGCAUCACAGUCAGCUCCUCCGACAUCCAGGUUGUGCUAUCAACCAGGAAGGGAACAGCUAUGUGCUUUGACUGCUUCUAUAGAAAGUGUCUAGAAAUAACAAACACUGAAGAUUGAGGAUGGGGGCAGCGCUGGUUCUGUUUUUUGUUUUUGUUCUUUCUUUAUACAGAAAACCAAACAAAACCAAAAUGGGAAAUUUCUUUUCUCUUCAUAACAGGCUCAGGCAUCUAGUGGGUCCUUCCUUCCCUUCUAAUGAUGAGCCCGUGAGAAGUACAUGUCCUACCGGCUAUUAACUAGGAUAGAAAGAUAAAGGAAGGUAAUCAUUUUGGGGAAAAUGUUUUAAAGAGUAGGAAAGCCUAACUUGAGGAAAGGUCAUAAAAGAGCCGGUUACUUGUAGCUUAAUAACAAUCCGUGUUAUUAGUAUUAUAACUAGAACAAUAAUAGAGUAUUUGUAAGCGCUGGGUUCUCUUCAUGCAACAUCUCUGCGAACAGACUGAGAGACUUGUGAAGCCGAGUGUGUUGGGACAGUCCCUUCCGCAGGGCGAGCUGCCGGUGUCGGCCUGGGGCAAGUCAGAAUUCCCUUGCACUGAGAUAGCUGAGCACUCUCGCCUUAUUCAAGAGCAACUUCUGUGGCCACAUGAAGGAGCAACACUAAGUCCGCAUGAAAUGAACAAUGAUGUGUUACACCGCAUUUUCGAACUACAAAAAGAGGAUUGAAAUAGGGUAACGAGAUACUGGCAUCCAGAGCUCAAACAGAUUCUAACCCCUUCUCUUAUCUUUAUGAAUACUGCUUUUUUUUUUUUUUUUUUUUUUUAGAUAGAAGUUUAAAGGGACAGAAAAGUGGAGGGAGACCCCAAAUACAAGAGAUUAUGGUAUAUGGUGCGAAGCGAUGUCGUAACACUGCUUUUGCAGUUCCAAAUGCGUACCUUGACGAAAAAGUUGCUUCUGUUACUCAAAACACCUAGGACUCAGAGAUUACAUUACAUUUUUGUGUAUUUCAACAAGGUUUUUCAUGUAUUUUGUUAUGUUUGUAUCAUAUGAGAUAAAGCAAAUGGCAACUUAAAAAUGUAUUAUGUCAAGUUCACAAAGUAAGCAGUUGCAAAUGAAUCUUCACUGAGAUGUGCGGUUCAUGUUUUAUUUUCUCAGAACCAAGUUUUUCUUUGUGUAGGUAACAUUGUUCCUACUUUUUGUAAAAUAUGUCCUGUUUAUUUAUAUUCUUUGGUUAAGUUUAUUAAAAAGAGCAUUUUGCUGUGCCUGUAAUAUUUUGCUAUUAAAAUAUAUUUUAUCUGUAAUUUAAAAGGAAAUACAACUGAUUAAUGUCAUAAAUGGCAAUGAAGAAUCCACUUCUGUUAGACUGUGUGCUAUGAAGAAUUUGGAGUUGAAGAAAUACUCUCGGUCUUGAAGGAGUUCUUAGUUAAUAUGGGAAAGAUAAUAAAUAAAUACAUACAGGGGCACCUGA